AUGAAGACUUUUUCUUGGAUAUCUUCACUCGCGGUUGUGCUCGUCAGUGUGCUUUUUGCUUACUUUUAUACUACCAACCUAGCCUUUGAGCUUGAGCACAUCAAAAACAUUGACAUCCCUGUCUCGUUGGACAUCCUCAGAGACAACAUCAAGAACUACUUGAACCUCACCUCUGCCACCCCCUCAUCAGACAUAUCCUCACCACCACCCACCACCACCACCGUCAUCACACCAGCCCAGCUAGCAACAAUGUCCCGCAUCACCCUCCCCCGCCGCAUCCUCAAAACCCUCCUCGCAAAGCAGCAGUCCGAAGGCGCAGGCGCCACAGUCCGCCGCUCCAUCGGCACCCCCUCCCUCCGCUCCCUCAAUCCCUUCCUCAUGCUCGACCACUUCUCCGUCUCCCCCGGCGCCGGCUUCCCAGACCACCCCCACCGCGGCCAAGAAACAAUAACCUACCUCCUCACCGGCGGCAUGGACCACGAAGACUUCGCCGGGAACCGUGGCACCCUCAACCCGGGCGACCUCCAGUUCAUGACCGCCGGCAAAGGCAUCAUGCACGCCGAGAUGCCCCGCCAAAACCCCGACGGCUCCCCCAACAUCGGCCUGCAGCUCUGGGUUGACCUCCCAAAGGAACUAAAAUACUGUGAGCCACGGUAUCGGGAUCUCAAAGCGGAGGAGAUACCCACCGUCAUCACCGAAGAUGGCAAAGUCAAGAUCAAGGUUAUUUCCGGCAAGUCGUACGGUGUCGAGUCCCUCAAAGAUCUAGCGUACACACCCGUGGUGUUCUAUGACGUGGAGGUCCAACCGGGGGGGAAGAUCGAGCAGGAGGUUCCUCAGGGGUGGCAAGGGUUCGCUUAUAUUCUCGAGGGGGCAGACGUCACUUUCAGUGACGGGCAGCAAGAAGAGAAGAAAGUCUCACAGUGGCACAACGUCGUUUUUGGCAACGGAAAAGAGGAGGAUGGGGUUGUUGCACGGGUGGAGGAGACCGAGACAAAACCGGGGAGGUUCGUCCUGGUUGCCGGGCAGAUGAUGGAUCAACCUGUUGUGCAGUAUGGUCCUUUUGUGCUCAACAGCCAGGAGGAGGUCUACCAGGCGUUUGUCGACUACCAGAGCCACACCAACGGGUUCGAGAGGGCAAAGGGGUGGAGGAGUGAGAUUGGGAAGAGUAUGGUUCAUUAG